UAGUCAUCACUGUGGCUACACAAACUUACUAAGAUGACGAAAUGAAAGAGUUUUGUCGUCUGUAAUAAUGGAGUUUUCGUUUAUUUGCUUCUGUAAGUGUCUGCACUGUGUUUAAUUUUUGCGAGAACUGCUUUUCGUUUUUAGAAUAUAAAGAGAAACUGUUUUAGUUAAUUAUUCAGAAUUAGAGAAAAGUACUAAGACUUCUGUUGUCAACAAGUGUGUGUCACAAAAUUUCCUUAUGCAAUAUCAUCGGCUUCUUAUAUCGAAGUUAAAAUGGCCAAAGAGACAAAUAGUUGGGAAGAACUGAGACGGCAAGCUAGGCAAUUAGAAAAUGAGAUAGAUCUGAAGUUAGUAUCAUUUAGCAAAUUGGGAACAAGUUAUGGAAGCCAAGAUUAUAGAAAUGAAAACAGUGACACUGUUCCAUUGCUCAGUAGUACAAAUAGUGAUCAUAUGUUUGAAACAAUGGCUUUGGAAAUAGAACAACUGCUUUCAAAACUUACAGAUGUUAAUGACAAAAUGAUAAGUUACUGUCAAACACAAGCAGCUCCUGGUGCUACAGUUACUCAUACUCUUCAGCGUCACAGAGACAUACUACAAGACUGCACACACGAGUUUCAAAAGACUAAAGCUAACAUCCAAGCUAGAAAAGAACGAGAACAGUUGUUGAGCUCUGUUCGCAAGGAUAUCGAGUAUGAUUUUGUAAUUUAAAAAUUUGUAUAAAAU